GCUCGGAACGCUGUACCUUCUUUUUUCUGUUUUGUGGUGUAAUUAUAAAACGUUUAAAAUGGUGAGGUACCAAAAAAGUUAUGUUAUUCGGAUUCUAAGUUGCAUCUAUUAAUCCGCUUGAAUAAUUUAUUGAAGUGAUAUACAAAAUCUUUUUAUAAAUAAAUACUUACUCCAUAAGUUUGGUUAAGUUGUAUUGAUACCAUAUCUCUCGUUUUCAAAAAUGGAUCAGAUGCUACCAAGUCCUGGUUUCAGUAUACCUAGUAUAGGGACGCCUCUACAUCAACCAGAAGAGGACCAAAUGAUAUUACCAAAUGCUUUACAGCAGCAGCAACAAGCCUCUACAUCAACAGUACCUCCAUUGGCUCCAAUGGGAGGCUUAACUCCAACAUUGGGACUUGGCAUGGGUCAAGCUAUGACAAUGCCUCAAACUAAAUAUGUAACAGGUUUUGCUUUACCAAUGGGUAAUAUGACAACUCAAACCCCAGUAUCCUGAUGGAACGUGUGACUCCAGUUCUUCUUUUCUGCAUAGAACCAGUUUCUGAAUAUUGUGACCCACAAAAGAACUGAUUUCUGGUCCGGGACAGGACCCAAUAUUGAAGAAAUUUCAGAAGGUGUGCUGGGUUGAAACCAUUGAACGUCCGUUGGAAAAAUAGGCCUCUAAGGUAAAUACAAGCUGUUCGUUACUCCAAUACAUGAUGACGAUUGAAACACAAGUUAAACAAAACUUUAGGUUCCCCCCUGACCACACACAGCAAGAAGCCUGGGAUUCCCAUUUCAAAUAAGGAAGUUAUCUUUCUGCACCUUGUAUUAUAUUAUUUUAAAAGGUUAUAGCAUUACAAAUACUUCGAUGUUUAGGCUAACUUUUAAAUUUGCAUGUACAUGUGUGCAUUUAAUUUAGUUUAAUUUAUUUUA